AAGACGGCGAAAUUUGCGAGAAUUGUAAGUGAUCGCAACACUUCGUGAAAUUCGCGGAUUUGAAGACGGCGCGAGAGGUGCCAUCCCUUGAGAAGCUCGCAAGCAUACAGGAAAGAUCACACGAUCUGUGACCCGAAUAGGAAGCGUUUCAACGCACGAGAGAACAUUACAUCAAAAAUCUUUUCAGAGGGCAGAUAUAUACGCGUGCGAAGCUCUGUGUUAUAAUAAACGCUGUAUCAAAUUCACGAGCGAGCGCGAAGCCCAGCCCCGCCGACGAGCAGCAGAUUAGCGCAGAUUCAGCAGAAAGACUUCACCCGGACCUAUUGUUCGAUCACGCCGGCCUAACACUCAACGAAGUUUUCUGUCGAACGCAAAGGCUCGAUAUCUGACUCUUUUAACCAAGGCAGCUUCACCCACACGCGCCGACAUCGUAGAAUGGUAGAAGGUGAACCCGACACAAAGCGCAAUAUCAAGUGUGAUGUAAAAGACGAGCGGCUAAACGGUUGCGGUUCCAAGGAACUCGAACUUGCCUGUAUCGGAUUAAAGGGCAAUACACUCGAUCCAGAGAAGGGAUCCUAUGUUCAAGCUGAUUUCGAGAAGGCCAUCGAACUAAGCGAAUAUGGCAAGUUUCAUUACUUCCUGCUCGCUGUGUGCGGCUUCGUCAGCACCAGCGAGGAGAUGGACGUGAUCUCCAUGUCCUUCAUCCUGCCGAGUGCACAAUGUGACCUGAAACUCAACACCCAAGCGAAGGGAUGGCUCAACUCGAUCAUCUUUAUCGGGAUGAUGGCCGGGGCGUACGUCUGGGGCUCCAUCGCGGACGCUCUCGGUCGUCGGAAGGUCCUGAUCGCCAUCUCGUUCAUGAACGCUCUGUGCAUCGUCGCAUCUAGCUUCAGCCAGACGUACGAGCUCUUCAUGCUAUUCCGUUUCUUGAAUGGCGCUGCGCUAGGAGGUAGCGGACCAGUCAUCUGGUCGUACUUCGCUGAAUUUCAGCCGAAGUCCAAACGCGGCUCCAUGCUGUCAUUCAUGGCGGCGUUUUGGACGUUGGGGAAUCUUUUCGUGGCCGGCUUGGCAUGGUUGAUCAUUCCUAGAAAGAUGGGAUUCACGAGCUCAUCGUUCACGUACAAUUCUUGGCGAAUCUUUCUUUUAAUCUGUGCUGUUCCGUCAUUUGUUGUAACGGGGCUGCUUCUGCUGCUUCCCGAAUCUCCCAAGUACCUCUUAUCUUCUGGAAAAUACGACGAAGCACUCGAAAUUUUUCGCAAGAUAUACGUCAUUAACACCGGGAAACCACGGGACACCUACACGGUAAAAGAAUUGAUCCUCGAUGACUUUCAAGAAUCAAACCCGAUGAAGGACAAAGAUGAAGAAAAGAGCAAGUGCAAGACUAUGCUGGGUGACAUCGUAGAGAACAGUAGACAGCUAUUUGUAACGCCCAUUCUUCGCUUCACAAUAAUAUCGAUCGUUAUUAAUUUCACGUUCCAUAUCGGUUACUACGGUCUAAUGAUGUGGUUCCCGGAGCUGUUUAACCGUUUCGACGAGUUCCAUCGCGAUCAACCGGGUGAGGUGGCCUCGAUAUGUCAAGUCACCGAUUAUGUCGUUAACAAGGGUUCGCAUAGCAUCGAGAAUGUUUGCUCCGACAAAAUCGGAGCGUCCGUCUUUCUGGAAUCUCUCAUCACGGUAGCGUCCGCUAUACCAGCCAAUAUCAUCGCUGUUUUAGGGAUGGAUCGCCUUGGACGUAAAUUCUUUCUAGUGUUCAGCACCUUUUCAUCAGGACUAUGCUCGAUCGGCUUAUACUUCGUGUACAACAAAUAUCAAAAUUUGACCGUGUCGGCUAUCUUCAGUGGUGCGAUAAGUUGCGGCAAUGCAGCGUUAGAUUGUCUCAUUACUGAGGUGUUUCCGACGCAGCUGCGUGCAACUGGAAUCGCCAUAUCGAUGGUCGCCGCCCGUCUCGGCGGGAUAAUUGGUAAUAUUGUCAUAGCCCAACUCUUGGACAUGUACUGUCCAGCACCAACUUUCAUAGUGGCUGCUCUUCUUAUUGGAGGAGGCUUACUAUGUUUAUUCUUACCAAAUACAACGCGCGAACCACUUUCCUGACCUCAGUGAAAGUUCAUCUCAAUCGGGCAAUAGUCUGUCGAUCAUUUAUUAUAUUUCUAUCAAGUACACAAGUGUCGCAUUUUAUGAAAUCCUGAGCAUCACGUGACGAUUGCACAAUAGCGUUGCAAAGAAAAAUUACUUCAGAAAUAUUCUCAUUUUGCAAGUAGGAAACUAGAAUCUCUGCUGUUUAUAAUAAUCCCUAUUAUAAGUAAAAGAGAAAACAUAGAACAUACAUUGUUUAAGCAGAACGUUGUAGCAAAAGUUUAGCGAAAGCGACGAAACGAGAAAAUAAAUGUAGCAUCUAGUUUGAUAGAUGAUACACAAAUUAGGUGCCUUAGGUUGAAUUUUAUACUGAUAUUAAUCGCAGUAUUUACGAUAAAUCUUUCAAUUAAUUGCGGUAUACAUAUAAUAAAUAUAUUUUCUUAUUCUCGAUUGAAGAUUGAGAUUAAAUUUGUUAUCGCUUUAUGUCGCAACGGACGUAACUUGACGUACUGAUGUAAAAAAAAAAUUAAAAGAAAACAUAUUUCUCGAA